GGCUUUACCCCAGAGCUCCUCCUGACAUUCCCACUGCCGGGCCGGAGCGAUGAGUUCUUUUAUGAGGACAUCCCGGAGAACUCCCCACCGGUCCUCAUCCGCGGCGGCUUCUUCGCCUCCGCAUCGGAGGAGACCUCCACAGUAGAGUUCAGCAUCACGGACCCCAAGGGCAACGUCAUCUUCGAGAAGAAAGAUCAGGUGCGCUUUGGGGGGAACCAAACGGGGAAACACGUUGCCGAGGGCUUGUUUCACUUCAUGGCGAAGAAGAGCGGCACCUAUACCUUCAUCGCCCGGCACCAAGAGAAGAUGGUGACCUUCGCUGUGGGCAAGGGGAACGAGACGCAUCUACAGCCACAGCAUCUGACGACCAUGGAGGAUCAUGUCAAAUCCAUAGAGAAGACCCUCGUCGACAUCCAGACAGAGUCGACUUACCUCUGGAUCCGGCAGAAGUCGCACAUGAAGGCCGGGAAGCAGAAGGGUUGA